CGUAGGCUUCGGCUUCGGCUUUGGCCUUUGUUUUCUUCCGACGGGCCACGAAGCGGUUCCAUUGACUCUCUCAAUCGAAACCCAGUUCUGCGUGGGCCGGGAGGGUUGGAGUGGGGAGCCGACGAGGCGGCAGCGGAGGGGGAUCGCCGGAGACGGGAUGGACGUGCCGUGGCUGCUGGUGGCGCACGGGUCCGUGACGGCGCUGGUGGUUGUGUCGUUUCUCUGCGGGCAGUGGCCCAUCUUCGAGGGCACCUUCGUUCAGAGCAUCAACCACUUCCUCACCUCCGGAGCCUACCGCCACUUUCUGCGGCUCGUGCAGGCGGCGUGCGGUACUGGAGCCAGGGAUCUCGUGCUCGGCGUCGAGCAGUACUGCUGCGACCGCCCUAACCCUAUCCUGCAGGUUUUGUAUGUUGCCAUAAUUGGCGGAACAUAUUUUAUAAUAGUGCAGUCAUCUUUCAAGUACAUUCCUGGGUAUUACGUGAGUGUAUUGCACAGGUACCUGAGCAUUGUGGUUGUUUCUAUUGGUGCUAUACUCUUUGUCCUCACUAGCUUUUCUGAUCCUGGGACUGUUACUUCUGAGAACGUGUCUCAGUAUGUAUCUGCCUAUCCUUUUGACAACAUUAUUUAUGUAGAGAAAGAAUGUUCAACAUGCAGGAUUACCAGACCAGCUAGGGCAAAGCACUGUAGAAUAUGCAAUAGAUGUGUGGCUCGAUUUGAUCAUCACUGUGGAUGGAUGAAUAAUUGCAUUGGGGAGAAGAAUACUCGCUAUUUUGUGGCCUUCUUAUUUUGGCAUUUUCUUUUAUGUCUGUAUGGAGCAAUUAUCCUUGGCUUCAUUGUUGCUGGUGAAUUAAAAGACAAGAAAGUUGUCUACAUACUGACAGUUUAUUAUGGCAUUGAUAAUUCAUUCUCUGGCCUGUUUCCCCAUGUUGCACAGUGGUUGCUUGCUGUCCAUAACACACAGAUACUUUUGGUUGUAUUUUUGGGUAUAAUAGCGUUGCUUCUUGGGGGGUUUUGUGCUUAUCAUGUACAUCUUUGCUUAUCCAAUACGACUACGAAUGAGACAUUCAAAUGGCAAGACUACAUUUUCUGGAUGAAAAAGGAGAACGCAGCGAAAGCUAGCGCAUACACACUGAAGGCGAGCAUCAACGCAGCCAGCAGUGAAGCGCAGAAAUCGCCGCCAAGCAAAUGGAAGACGUUCUUCUCAAGGUCGAAAACACGGGCCGAGGAGCUGGUCGUGAAGAAUAACAUAUAUGACGUUGGCUGGAUCAGGAACCUGUGUGAGGUGAUGGUACCUUUAUCAGAGCGGAGGUCGUUCUCUUGCAAGAAGUCCGAAUGAAGUGAAAUGCUGUUGCAACUGUUGUAUAUCCGUUGUAGAAUUUUGGGAACAUUUCCCCUCCUCCCUCAUACACUGACAUGGUGUUAGGGCCGUGAUCGGAGCCAAAGUAAUUAACUGUAGAUGACAGUAUGUGCAAGUCGUUUUUGCUUGUAUCAUUCCUGAAGCAAUCAAUAGUUUUGGCAUUUUGAUUA